UUUAAUCCGUUCCUCCGUCAGUCGCAACUGACAAGCUAAAGUGGGAUAUUUUGUGCUGUGUUGCUUGAAAGAAACAUCGUGGGUUGAAAUAUUAACAUAAAUUUCUUAUAUGCUUAAAAUUGUGGCAAUGUAAUAUUACAACGUCUUUGAAUUACAAAAAAAUCGUAUCAAAUGGAGGCGAAACGGCAUUAACCUACCAUCGAAAUGGGCAGCAGAGAAUGCUGCGGCUUGAACGUUAUCAAAAACGUUUUAAACUUCUUCAAUAUAAUCUUUUUGCUUGCAGGUUUUGGGGUCGUUGGAGUCGCAGUAUGGACGAUGAUCGACCGAUACCAAUAUGUAACCCUUCUAGCAUCUCUAACUUACCCCAUCAUCGUAUAUUUCCUUCUGGCAGCAGGAGGUCUAGUCAUUUUUGUCGCAAUUAUGGGCUGCUAUGCCGUGCUUAAAAACAACCGACUUUUAUUAGUUUUUUACAUUUUUUCACUUGUACUUAUUUUUCUAAUCGAAGCCAUGGUCGGCGUCGUGGCUUACAUUUACGAGGAGAACGUGCAAACCGAAUUAGAGAUGAGUUUAAAUAACACACUCCUCAGCACGUACAAAAUCUCAGAUGAUAAAACCGAAGCUGUGGAUUUUUUGCAGGAAAAUUUUCGCUGCUGCGGCGCUGUGAGUUUUACAGAUUGGCAGUACAGUGAGUGGUUACAGACUGAUCACGAAACUGAAAAUGUUGUUCCUGAUUCCUGCUGUAAAACUGUCUCGAAGGGGUGCGGUAGCAGUGACCAUCCCUCUAACAUUAAUUAUUCGGGGUGCCUCGACUUGAUGGCUCUUCACAUGGAAAACCAUUUAUUUAUUCUAAGUGUCGUAGGACUUGGAAUUUGUGUUGUGCAGAUUUUUGGAAUUAUUUUUGGAUGCAAGUUGUACUUUAAAUUGAAGAAUUUGGACGCUGUGGAGGGUCCGACUGAUAGGACGACGUUUCUUUAGACUUUUGUAGCUUUAUUCUGCGUCUCUUUGUGAUAAUUAACUUAGAUUUGUACUCAGGUUACUAUUUAUUUACUUAUAAAACGUUUUUAACAUUUUUACUAUACGCACAAUUCAGUGAAUAUUUAGAAAAAGGUGUGUAAUGUUGAAUCAGUUGAAACGAAGCACACCAAAUAUAAACAAUUUUAAUGGACUUCCGUUGAAACCCUUCUUGGCGUCUAUUGUGACAUAGUUUACGUCAACAUUUUUAAAUGUUGGUUGUAAUUUUUUAACUCUAGCUCGAUGUUUGAAAAAUUAAUUUUUUAUUAAUGCAAGUUGUUAUAAUUCUUUAUUAACUAGUCAAUAAAUGGUACAGUCUUCUUUA